GUUUGCAUGUCACACAGGGAGGACUGGUUAGCUGAGGUGUGUCCUGGUUUAACCAUUAACCUCAGACUUAAUCCAGUGAAGGUCCUCUGCUGACUUCCUCGAAUCACUAACUUCUGGGAGUAUCACUUGAGCCUCCGUAACACUUUAUUUUUUGCCUUUUUUGGAUUUUGCGUUUUGUUCUUUGGGGAAAUGUUGGAAAAAAUCUUAGUCCUGCUCUGUUUGUCCUCUGCUUUGGCACAGGAGCUCUGUGAACCAGAUAAUUCAUUUGCCACUCAAGUGCGACUCAGCAUCAAAACCGCUCUGGGAGAUAAAGCUUACGACUGGAAUGACAAUGAAAUGUACUUUUUCCGAGCGACUCUGGCUUUUGCCAUGAGGAAUCAUUUCAGCGGCCAGGAAUUUAAUGUGUCGAACAUCCUUGUAUGUAAGGAGACAGUCAGAGUGUCCUUCUGGUUCGUGGUGACGUCACCGUUGAACCCUUCAAGCCUUGUUCCUAAAGGAGACGUGGACAAGGCCAUAAGAAAGUCCAGGAACCGCAUCAACAGCGCAUUUCUUCUAACUGAUAAAACUCUGGAGUUCAUCGACAUCCCUCCCACACUGGCAGCACCAGUCAACCCUGACACUCCUCCAUGGCUCAUUGUGUUUGGGGUGGUCAUGGGCGCUGUGGGUGCUGGGAUCGUCGUUCUGCUUGUGUCGUCUCUGGUCCAAAAGAAACGCAAGAAGAACAAGAAAAAUGACGAUGAGGAUGACGAAGAAGACGACACACAAGCGAAAACGGUGGAAAAUGGCGCUGUGAGCGAGGGUGUUUACAACAUGUCGUUCUCAGAUGACGAACGAUUCACACAGAUGUGAAACUAUGGAAACUAUGGAAACUCUUCCACGUCAGCAAAGUUAUGAAGCUGCUCCAGGUGGACCUCUGUUGCACUGUGAGCUUCAAUCUGCAGAAUCAUUUUAAAGCUGUAAUUCAUCAGAAAUGUUUGAUUUAAAGGAGCAGUGUGUCAAAUUUAGUGGCUUCUAGUGGUGAGGAGUGCAGACUACAACCAGCUGAAACAUCCCCCUUGUACCAGGCAUCAACUCCUGGUUAGAAUUCCUUUAGUGUUCAUUGUUCAGGAGGUUGUUACCAGGAGCCGAACUAUCCGCAGAGGUCUCUUCUUCUCAAAAAACAAAUGGAGCAGGUGAUUAAAACCAGUAAAAACAACAAUUAAAGCAGUUUCACUUUACAUAUCAGUGUUUCUGCGACGCCGUUUGGCUCGUCACACACGGGCCCGUAGAGCAGCACCUGCUAAUCUGUGCUCAUCUAAUUUCUCUGAUGAAUUAAGAUCCAGGGACCUGUUGCACAAACACUUUCAGUUAAGAUUUUCCUUCUAGUCAGAGUUGUUUCCUCAAAAUGAAAUCUGUUGCACAAAACACCCUCAAAUCUUCUCCUUAAGAUUUCCUUUAAAUGUUCACUACUAUCUGACUAUUGGCCAAUUUUGUGAGACGAUAACAGGCAUCACAAACAUAAGUCCAAGCAAACAAACAAUCUCCAUGGAAACUUAAACUGCUGUAAAAUCUCUUCCAACACAGCAAAUGAGUUAAUGUUUUUCUUGAACUCAUGAAACUUUUAAAGGGAUUCUGUGCAACUAUGUAAGUCCCUCAGGUGAGGAGAAAUUAAGCCUUAAGUGUCACACUUGAGGGGAAAACUUCAGGGGCCGUAUUCACAAAAUAUUCCUAGUCGAAGAGUUGCUCUUAGCGAUAAAAUUCUUAGAAAAAUCUUAUAAUUUACAUGUUUUCCUAGAAUUUUCCCUUAAAGUUAAGACUAGGUCCUUGUAAAGAUAGAAGUUAUUCACAGCCUUAGACCUUAAAAGAGCUCCUAAGGCGAAAAACUGUUUGGAAUAGGGAUGAGGACUUUAAAAGUUUCUUAAUCUGAGGAGAAAAUGGUGGAAACACAAAGAGGUCCAAGAGAUAUUCUCCAAACUCUGGAUGACGGUGAGUAAAUGAAAUGCUACAGAUUAGAUCAUGCAGGUGUUAUGUUAGUGGUCGAUCUCAUUAAGGAUACGCACACAUCUCCCACCUAACGUCAUAACACAAGAAAUAAAAUGACCAGCACUAAGCCUUCCAUCAGCAGAGUGAUCACAUGUACAAUGGCAGCACUGUCACAGUCAGCAGUUCAUUUCAUCUCCACUGGGUGUCCACACCUUACAGGCUCACAAAGGGGUGUGUCUGUGACAACCAAUCACAUCUGUUAAAAGAAUGCAGCACACCAAGCAACAGGGUCAACCACACUUCCUCACUAAGGUAAAAGUUUCUGUCCCUUCCUUGCUCAGAGUUGCUGUGAGAACUUUCCUAAAUCACUCCUACGCUAGGACUCCUUACUAUUUUUUUAGGCUAAGUUAAAAGCUCUCUGAGUGUUCUCAGGAUGUCUGUGAAUACAGCCUGAGGUGUUUUGUGCAACCGGUCCCAGACGCUCAGGAGGAUUUUACCGUGAGCUGAAUUUUCUUUUUUGUCAACACACUGAAAAAAGUCGUUUUAUGAUUAAAAUCUGUGUUUUUCAAACACUGCUUAUCAUGAUUGCAGAGGGGCUGCUAACUAAGGUGGCCAAAUCAAAAAAAAAAAAAUGUCCCUACCUGUUGCCUGUGCUUAGUUUGUCCCUUCUGAGCUGCUGUAGAAACAUAGCAGUGCAACAUGGCAGACUCCGUGGGCGAAGACCUGCUCCCUAUGUAGAUAUAAAGACUCAUUCAAAGGUAACAAAAACACAGCAGUUCUUAUUUUCAGGUGAUUAUACACUAAAGAAAAGACACUUAUUACAUUACAUUACAUUUCUGCCAAUAUAUCCCUCUAAAUCCUACACACUUUAAAUGAUUUAAUACAUUUUCAUGAUUCUUUUCUGUUGGUGAAGUCGUUCUCUAAACAUCUCUAUAAUCUCAUUACCUGCUGCCUUAAAAAGAAACAAGCACUCACAGUUUUUAAUGCUUUUCAUUUUCUAAAUAAAUGUUUGAAUCUUCUCUGUUUAGGGAUGAUAAACUGUAGAUCUCUGUGAGAAGGCGUGUGUGUGUGUGUGUGGAUGUUUGGACAAAGCCUUAAUCUGUUGACUGUACUAACCACUUACUCUACUGUAUAUUUAAACACACGGUUCUUAUUCAGCAAACAGAAAGAGAUGGAAACCAGCAAGAAACUGGUCCAAUGUAAAACAAAGGCUCAUUCUGUGUGUAUUUAAAAUUGGGAUUUAAGUCAAAAUAAUAAAUCUUGAUAUGUGUAAGCCCUGUCAUGAUACGGAGUAUGCAUAAAUGUAGAUGUAUCUAUCCACGAGUGUAGGAUUUGAACAUUGGGGUUGACACAUGAAACAGUAGGUUUGGGGGAGUCAGACACUUUUCCAUCAUGUUCUACUUUGUGCCUUUUUCUGCAUGAAUUUAUGAUGUACAUGUCUAAAUUCUGUCAAAAUAAAAGCCCUCUGCUA